AAGUAAACAAAGACGUAGUCCUACGUCAAAAGUUGUUUAAGCGGUUUCAUAAAGAACAUCUAUUCCUCACGUGAAAAGCGAAUUUAGUGUAAUUUUUUUCAGUUGAUACUCAUUAGGACAACAUAAAUACAUCUCUGCAGUUUAAGAUAAAUCUAUAGUAGAAAUGAAGUGUUCGAUAACACAACCAGCAGCCGCUGCAUACAAAUAUGCGCGCACUACGCUGAGUGAUAAAGAAAUGUGCUAAAUAGCUUUGCCAACUGUGUGAUAAAUAUAAGCUAUUGAUGCUGUUCCUUCGUUCCUGACGAUUCACACAAUUCCGCUCGCGAUGGGGAUUGGAAUUUAUCGUAACACUAAGUUUCUUAUAAUUGGAUUUAUUAUUAUCCUGACUGGUUGCACGUAUAUUUUCCAUAAGCACCGCAAACCGCUUGAUCCCAAUUACAGAGUAAUGAUAUGGUGGACUCCGUAUGAAUCAAACUUGGAAUAUCAUAGGAAGUGUGGACAACUAGAGUGUCGAUUUACAAGUGACCGCAAAGCUGCUAGUGAACCGAAUUUUAAGGGUUAUUUUUUCUACGGCACUAAACUAUCGAUUCGCGACUUACCCUACCGCAGAAAAGAAGAUGUUUGGUCUCUGUAUCACGAUUCGUCACCAAAGAUGGCACCGUUUUUGUUGCAUGCCCUUGAUCUGUUCAAUUUCACCGCAACGUUUAGUCGAUAUAGUGAUGUUCCACUCACAUUGGAACACAUUACCAGUCUGGAAGAUCUGAUCAAUUACAAGCUGAUGUAUUCGUACGGCGAAAAAACAGCAUUUCAGCACAAUAUGAAACUGGCGCCAAUUUUAUACAUCCAAUCCCGCUGCGAUACGCUAACAGGUCGUGAGCUGUAUGUUGCGGAACUUGGUAAACAUAUUCCUAUCGAUUCUUACGGCAGCUGCUUGAAUAAUAAAAGUUUUCCAAACGGGAUUACCGACAAAUCACAAGACGCUUCCGAAAUAAAAAAGUUCUACGAUUUCGUUUCCAGAUACAAGUUUCUAAUUGUGUACCAAGAUUUAGUAUGCGAUGAUUACAUUUCUGGAAAUUUGUGGAAAUCGCUUACAUUCGGUGUCGUGCCAAUUUAUUUCGGAGCUACUAAUAUUAAGAACUACUUGCCAAACCCUAACUCAGCAAUUUUGAUUAAUGACUUUCAUAGUCCUGCAGAAUUGGCAAGAUAUAUUUGGAAAGUCUCUAACAAUGAAGACGAGUAUGUAAGCUUUUUGAAACAUAAAACGGUAGACUUUCUUCCUAUUCAAAAUCAACUGUUAGUGGACAUUGUUUACAAAAAUGAUAUAAACUACGUAAAAAAUCGGGUAGAACGUUCGUUAGCCGAAUUUGAAUGUUAUGUUUGCGUAAAGUGUUUUGAGGGACAAAUGAAGCAGGCGAAACAGAAAGAACUGUCCUGUGACGUGCCGUUUUACCCACCCGGAAACGUAACAUACAAAGCAGAAUCACGUGUGUUUGAUUUUUUGCAACGCUCUCGAGAUGAAUCUAAUUUAUUGAGAAAGUCAGUCAUCGAUUUGUAGGGUAUAUUGUUGAUUAUUCGAAAAUCAUCAUAACAUAUCGUACCGAAAUCAUUUAUUAUACGGUUAACAACAGGAAUACAGGAUAAUCAAAUUAUAUCCAUUGAGUCUCAAUAAUCGAUAGCGGUAGCAGUUAUAAAGUCGUGUAAAGCGGUUUAAUCCGCGAAUGUGCCGUUAGUGUCAAGUAAAAACUGUUACGCCUUCAUGGGGUCGCUACUAAAUCUCGUUACAAUAUAAUGUAGUAUAAAGGUUAUACACAAACGCUUUUAAACAUUUGGACUUCAUUUUCUUGACGUUGGAGAUUCUUCAUUCAAUUCAAAUCAACCUAAUUGCUCAUUAAAGGAAAAAUUAUGAAAGAACCUAGCCUAUAUGAAUGAGAAGGUCUGUCCUUUGUAGAAACAAAAACUACUGAAACGAUGGAAACGAUCUCGUACAAGGAUUGUUUCUGUGCCAUCAGUCUACCCGGUCAACAUUGUUACAUAAUAUUCACCAAAUAAUUACGAAACACUGAUACGAUUUGACGUUGUAGUUGUGUUACCAGUAAGUAACAGUAAGGAAGGAAAAUUCCCGCUUUUUUACAUGGCAUUGUUACACUACACUGUAAUAUUAUGGCACUAUUUAUG